UCCUCUUAGACGGAUAAAAGUCCCUCUUGUCAAAGAUUACUGAGAGCUGCUGCUCAACAAACUUGGGUAACAAAGAAAGAUGCCAGCUGCUGUUGGACUGUUGCUGCUGUUACUGGGAGUCUCUCAGGGUUUGCAUGUUCACUGCGAUGGCAGAAAUAAUGGAACUCGGUGUAAUCUUACUGUGGGAGACACUUUGUUUCUACAGCUGGUUGGGAACGCUUCAGGAAUAAGAAUUCAUCUGAAAAAGGAAAGAUCAACAUUACUACGAUGGAUUAUAAAUAGAAUAGUGAUUAAUUCAAUAGAAAACAGGUCUGUCUUUAUUCCCACCAAUGGAACAUUUAAGAUCAGCGAGGUGGAAGAGAGUGACAACGGUGACUAUAAACUCGAAAUCAACAAUUCAAAUGGAAUUUUAAAUGGAACUGCGAAUCUUCAUUUGUCUGUUAAAGACAGUUCCUCAUGGAAAACUGGAGUUAUUGCUGCAGUGUUUUGCGUCGUUUCUCUUUGCAUCAUCAGUUUAAUUGUUAUCUAUGCACUGAGAAAAAAGCAGAAAAGCAAAGAGGAGGAAGAUCUCACUGAUUUAACCUAUGCUGUUGUCAUAACGGUGGCAGAGCCAGCGAGGAGGCCAGUGAUGAAAAAAGUGGAAGAAGAGGUGGAGUAUGGACAGAUUAAGUCAGAAAGCUGAAUGCAGCUCUUUAAAGCAGAACUGCAUGUCAGUACAAAGACUAUGGACUAUCCUGAGGUAACACAGAAGGAGAAAGCGAUGGAAUUUGCCUGAAUCACCUACUACUGUAAUUGUUUUAUAUGAAAAAAUAUAUGAAAGCUACAAAAUGCUACAUAUCUUUGACCAUCGUAUGUAUGU